AUGACUCCUCCAAGUAACAUCGAAAAAGGAGAUUUUGAUAUUACAUCAAAAGUUAUAAAGCAUUUGCGCAAUAAUUUGAACGCAAGAGGUGUUGAUGUAAAUGUUGUACUCGAAAUUGUUGAAAAUGCAAAACUCAUUGAAGAAUUUAAUUAUUCAGUAAACAGUAAUACUACAAAGACAGGGGUUGCGGAUAAUGAACAAAGCGUAAUAGUUGAAGAAAGAACAGAACCUGAAUUGACAGUAACGAAUAUCAGUACCAUUAUCAAAGAAACUGAAAAAAAUGCAACCAAAGAACAUUUAUACGUAAUAAGAACUGAAGAAGAAAAAAAAUACAAAAGAGAAACUGAAAUAGAAAGUGAUAGUUCUAGGAUCGAUGGUAAAAAAGAUGAUAAAAGUAAAAUAAAUACACCACAAUCCGAAACACUAGAUACUGAUAAUAGUUUAAAUAAUCUUGCACUUGGGGAUCUCACUUUUCUUAAUAACAAUUUGGUGGACGAUGAUAUUCAUGUAAUUACCUUCGAAGUCAAUGACAGUUCAAUAUUAGUACCCAUCGAAGACAACUCUCCGAUCUCAAGAAGUGAGAAAAACUGUCAUCAAAAACCUAAGACCGAUUCUGUCAUACAAAUUCGGUCGCCGAAAGUGUCACCUUUUGUUCGAAAGCAUCUCAUUAUACCGUCACCAAUAAAAAAAACUACAACUCCUAGAGUAAUGAAUAGAAUCGGAGCAAUAUCUUCUGAAGAAUGGAGGCAAUUUGAAAGUUUGAAAGAGGAAGAGAAACAAAAAAAGAAAGAUGCUAUUGAAGAAAGAAAGUUACAGAGACAGAAAAAUAAAGAAGAAAAGCAGAAACAAAAAAUUGAACGCAAGAAGAUUAAAGCUGUGAACUCUACCAAGCGUAAAGUAAAAGGACUUACUACAAAGAAGAAAGAUGAUGAUUCUGAUCCAGAAUUCAUUCUAGAAAGCACUAAGAAAAGAAAAUUUAAUGAUAUAAAAGAUAAAGCAAAAGAAGGAGAGCAGACUAACUGUGAUUUAGUGAAAGUUAAACCAAAUAAGAUUAAAAUCCUCAGUGAUAUACUCAUAACGCCUGGAACUCCUGCCAAAGAAACUAAUAAAGAAAACAGAAUUAUUAAUCGUAGAGAAACCUUUAGAAAUGAAAAAGAACUUGAGGAUUUUUUGAAUAGUGAUAUUAAUGACGAAUAAUUUAAUUUAGUUUCUUGUGAUAUAAGAGUACCUUCUAAGGUCUUAUAAUUUAACAUUGAUUAAGUUCCUAGAUAAUUAAGCUUGAAAUUAAUGAUCUCAAGAGAGGCUGACUACUGGUAGUAAUAUGGCCGAGUACUGGUUUGUGACGGCUGAGUACUGGGGAAAUGUGCCUUAUUUUAAUAAAUACUUUAUUUUCAAUACUUAUUAAAAAAUAUUAUGGUAUCUGUUGAUUAUGUAACAAAGUUUAAUAAACGAUUAAGUGAAUGAGUAUAAAAGGUUUUUGAUUACUGUUUUGAAUAAUUUUCUAUACAUAUGUAAACUUGCGCUUUCCACUAAAAGGCUGACUACUGGUGCCCGUACCCUAAUAGUUGCACUCGAUUUUUU